GUUGUUGUGGAUAAGUCGUUGCCAGCCGCGUUCAGUUCAUGUUUCGGGUGGAUCCUUAUUGGGUCAGUGUCGCCGUCAGAUAUAUCGAUCCCGCAACCACCCGCCGUGUCUCUACUCACGUCCGUGGAGCAAUUAAUCGACCGGUUUUGGCACAUCGAAGAGCCCGACGUAGCCCCGUUGAAGUUUACCGACGCCGGCAAAUGCGAAGCCGUAUUCCGUGAUAAUGUUGUCCGUGACGAGUCCGGCCGUUUUUYGGUUCCAUUGCCGUUUCGUGUACCGUUGCAUGAUAAUUUAUUUCCUGGGUCUCGGGCGGUCGCAGCCAAACGGUUCGAUCAUCUCGAGCGAAAGCUAAGCUCGAACGAUCGAAUGCGCACCAAGUAUAACGAUUUUAUGUCGGAAUAUUUGUCACUCRGACACAUGUCAGUGGCGUCCAAUCCUGGCCGGUAUUUUAUUCCGCAUCAUGCUGUGUGUGGCGCCGAUGAAAAAUUCCGCGUAGUGUUCGACGCGUCCGCUYCGGUCGCUGAUGGUUCGUCAUUGAACACUUCGUUAUUCCCGGGUCCAAAGCUACAACAGGACAUCGUAGAUGUGCUCACGCGGUUUCGUUUGUUCCGUCACGCAUUUACCACCGAUAUUUGUAAAAUGUACAGACAAAUUACGGUCCUUCCGCAAUAUCGUGCGUAUCAGCAUAUUCUAUGGCGACCGUCCCCGCACAUGGAGCUCGUCGAAUACGAGCUAAAUACCGUGACGUAUGGCGUAAAUUGUGCGCCGUUCCUCGCGCUACGGGUUUUGYAAGAGGUCGCUGAUGUCGACUGCCGCGGUUCCGCCCGCGUGUGCGACGCGUUGCGCCACCAGACGUAUGUAGACGAUAUUUGUUACGGCGCCGACACUGUGGACGACGCGCUCAGUAUUCAAGUAGAGUUAACGGCUGUCCUUAACGGCGYGGGUUUUGAACUGCGAAAAUGGGCGAGCAACACCGUAGCGGUCGUGCAUGCUGUUCCGGAAGAAUUCCGGGUGAUUAAAUCUACAACGUUUGCCGGUGAUGAGGGUGGUGACACGAAGGUACUCGGAUUGUCUUGGCAUACCGGUGGCGAUUAUUUCGGAUGCGAAGCUCACCUCGACUCAGCCCCGGUAUUUACCAAACGUGGUAUAUUGUCACUUACCGCACGUUUUUUCGAUCCGUUAGGUUUAUUCGCGCCGACAAUUUUUCUUGCCAAGCACAUUAUGCAACGCACCUGGCAGUCCAAUUGUACGUGGGAUCAACGGUUGCCUACCGAGAUUCACUCAGAUUGGUCGCGGUUCGUCGACGAAUUGCCCGCGCUAGCCUCCGUGCAUGUUCCGCGUUAUUUCAAUACAACUGUAAGAGCUCCGUGUUCGUUGUAUGGAUUUUGCGACGCGUCGCAACGCGGCUACGCCGCGGUAGUGUUUUUGCGCAUCCACGAUGCUCCUCGCGCGACGUCGGUCAUGUUGGUCGGUUCAAAGACCAAGUUAGCGCCGAUUAAACCGUUAUCGAUUCCGAGGCUCGAGCUGAAUGCCGCAGUGUUAUUGUCGCGCUGGAUGAGCCGAAUAUCUUUAUUAUUAAAUACGCACAUCGAUAUCGUUGACAUGUGGGCCUGGACGGAUUCGUCGAUUGUAUUGUCAUGGUUAACUGUGCCCCAUGACACAUUCAAGCAAUAUGUAUCAAACCGUGUUCACCAGGUACGGACGUUGUUGCCGAGUUGUCAAUGGCGCCACGUCAGUUCGGAGAUGAACCCGGCGGACUGUGCGUCCCGUGGGUUGAUGCCGUCUGAGUUGCCGCACCAUAAGUUAUAUUGGCAGRGCCCCGACUUUCUCCGUGACCCUCCGCAAGAAUGGGGGAGUGACAUCGCGCGUUUGCCCGUUGAGGAACUCCCUGAAGUUAAAUCUGUGUCACCUGCAGUUUGUUUAGCUGCCCCCACGGUCGAAUGGUUCACGCGUUUCUCGUCUUACGACGCACUCAUCCGUGUGGUCGCGCGUGUGCGCCGGUUUAUCGAUAUUUGCCGCCGACGUCCUGUCGUGAGAUCGAAUGCGCUUACUCGAGGCCAGCCGCUGUUAGCGCUCCCGCCGCGUACUACUGAGUGUCCGGAACGUUCGAUCACGGACCGUUGGAAGCUGUUGGACCACUGUCACCAGCACUUCUGGCGCCGUUGGUCGACGGAGUACCUUCAUACGUUACAAGAACGAGGAAAGUGGACACGYGAUCAACCAAAUAUUGAAGUCGGACAGAUGGUCACCAUUAGGGACAGCCUAGCCCCUCCCUUGGAGUGGCGACUUGGGCGGGUGCUCGAGGUGUUACCGGGUACGGAUGGUGUG